AUGUCUUCUGCAGUUGCUCCAGCCGCUCCAGCCGCUACACCUAGCGUGUCUCUGGGCAUGCGUAAGAAUGGCAAAAAUUGGCAUGGCACAAAGAAAGCAUUCCGUCCCAGUGCUGGCUUGACGUCUUAUGCGAAGCGUCAGGAGGUUCGCAAGCACCAGGAUGCUGUGAAGGAACGCGAGCGAGAAAUGAAGCAAGAGGCGGAGGCUGAACGUCAGGCCAAGAUUCAACGCAUCAAGGACCGACGAGCCGCGAAGGAAGAGAAAGCCCGAUACGAGAAGAUGGCCGAGAAAAUGCAUCACAAGCGCGUCGAGCGACUGAAGCGUCGCGAAAAGCGCAACAAGCUUCUCAACUCUUAG